AUGGCUUUGCCAACUCCGCUUAAGCAGUUCCUCCGGGGGUGGGGAAGUACCACCCGAAAGCGAAUGCAGGCAGCAGCUCGGGAUGUCCUGGAAAGCAAUGGGCUGCAGCUGUCGCAGCCGCCGGCGCAGGCGCUCGGAAGUGAUUGCUGCGGCAUGUCUGCGGAGGUGCUGGCGAUGAGAGAGCUGGGUUUUCAGCAUAGCGUUGUGUUUGCCAGCGACAUCUGCGAAGGCGCAGGCUCAUUCUGCCGGGCGAAUGCUCCUGCCGGGAGCUUUUUCGGGGAUGUCCUGGCCAGGAAGGCGUCGGCGCUGGCGCACAUGCGCAUCCACGGCUACUUCGCAGGGUUUCCCUGCCAGCCAUGGUCCCGGAUGCGGCGCAAAGGCGGGCGCAGGCGACGGGGAUGGAGCGAUCCCCGUGCUCGGGUGUUCGUGGCGUGCCUGCAGGCGGUGGCGCAGACACAGCCCCUGUACGCGAUCCUGGAAAACGUGCAGGGGAUCAUGUGUUUCUGGGCGUCGGUGUCGGCGAAGGUGCAGGCGAUGCUGCCGGGCUAUCGGCUGGGCAGAGGGCUUCGACGGCCACGCGUCUUCAUCCUCUGCCUCCGGGAGGAUAGCCUGAUGGUUGGGUGCUGGCGGACGACGAAGGCGCUGGUGGCGGCAAUGCUGGGGUCUGUUGCUGAGCAGAAGAUGCAGCAACCGCUUUCCAUGUUUUUGCUUCCGUCGGCGUCAGCGAAGGGGGCGGCAAAGCAGAUGAAGAAACCGGUGGUGGCGAGAGCGCAAGCGAGCAGGAAGACGACGGCGACGGCGAAGUGGAUCCUCAAGCACCGCGAAGCCCAAAGGAAAGCCGGGAAGUUGCCGCCCCUGCGCAAGCUUUCCUUUCUGACAGCAAGAGAGGCGGAAGUCUUGCAGUUGGCCGAAGCCAAGUUGGGCCAGGACAAGGGACGAUAA